AUCGCAGGGCUGCGCCGGCGCGGCCUGGGGACCCCGGGCUCGGGAGGCCAUGCCGGCGUUGGCGCGCCUCGGCGGCCGGCUGCCGCUGCUCGUUGUUUUUUCCACAAUGAUAUUUGAGACUAUCAGAAAUCAAGAUCUGCCUGUGAUCAAGUGUGUUUUAAUCAACCAUAGAAACAAUGAUUCAUCAGUGGGGACAUCACCAUCGAAUCCCUUGGCAUCAGAAUCCCGGGAAGACCUGGACUGUGCCUUGAGGCCCGAGAGCACAGAGGCAGUCUACGAAGCGGCCACUGUGGAGGUGGACGUGACCGCAUCCAUCACACUGCAAGUGCUGGUCACCACCCCGGGGAACAUUUCCUGUCUCUGGGUCUUUAAACACAGCUCCCUGAAUUGCCAGCCACAAUUUGAUUUACAAAACAGAGGAGUUGUGUCCAUGGUCAUUUUGAAAAUGACAGAAACCCAGGCUGGAGAAUACCUACUUUUUAUUCAGAGUGAAGCCACCAAUUACACAGUAUUGUUUACAGUGAGUAUAAGAAAUACGCUGCUUUACACGUUAAGGAGACCUUACUUUAGAAAACUGGAAAAUCAGGAUGCCCUGGUCUGCAUCUCGGAGAGCAUUCCAGAACCAACCGUGGAAUGGGUGUUCUGCGAUUCACAGAGUGACAGCUGUAAAGGAGAAAGUCCAGCUGUCAUUACAAAGGAGGCAAGUGUACUCCAUGAGUUAUUUGGAACAGACAUAAGGUGCUGUGCAAGAAAUGAGCUGGGCAGGGAAUGUACGAAACUCUUCACUAUUGAUCUAAACCAAACUCCUCAGACCACACCGCCACAAUUAUUUCUUAAAGUAGGGGAACCCUUAUGGAUAAGGUGCAAAGCUGUUCAUGUGAACCAUGGAUUCGGGCUCAGCUGGGAAUUAGAGAAUAAAGCACUGGAAGAGGGCAGCUACUUUGAGAUGAGUACCUAUUCCACAAACAGAACUAUGAUACGGAUUCUGUUUGCUUUUGUAUCAUCAGUGGGAAGAAACGACACUGGCUAUUACACUUGCUCCUCUUCAGAGCAUCCCAGUAAAUCAGCUUUGGUCACCAUCCUAGAAAAGGGAUUUAUAAACGCUUCCAAAUCAAGUGAAGAUUAUGAAAUUGACCAGUAUGAAGAGUUUUGUUUUUCUGUCAGGUUUAAAGCAUACCCACAAAUCAGAUGUACGUGGACCUUCUCUCGAAAAGCAUUUCCUUGUGAGCAAAGUGGCCUGGAUGACGGGUACAGCAUAUCUAAGUUUUGCAACCAUAAACACCAGCCAGGACAAUAUAUCUUCCAUGCAGAAAACGAUGACGCCCAGUUCACAAAAAUGUUCACGCUGAAUAUAAGAAGGAAACCUCAAGUGCUCGCCGAGGCGUCGGCAAGUCAGGCUUCUUGCUCCUCUGACGGGUACCCGUUACCGUCUUGGACCUGGAAGAAGUGUUCAGACAAGUCUCCCAACUGCACAGAAGAGAUCACGGAAGGAAUUUGGAAUAAAAAGGCCAACAGAAAAGUAUUUGGACAGUGGAUAUCAAGCAGCACCCUGAACAUGAGCGAGGCCGUCAAAGGGUUCCUGGUGAAGUGCUGUGCAUACAAUUCCCUCGGCACGUCUUGUGAAACGAUCCUUCUAAACUCACCAGGCCCCUUCCCUUUCAUCCAGGACAACAUCUCAUUCUAUGCAACAGUUGGCCUCUGUCUUCCCUUCAUUGCCGUUUUAACCAUGCUAAUUUGUCACAAGUACAAAAAGCAAUUUCGGUACGAAAGCCAGCUACAGAUGGUGCAGGUGACCGGCUCUCUGGAUAAUGAGUACUUCUACAUUGAUUUCAGAGAAUACGAAUAUGAUCUCAAAUGGGAGUUUCCAAGAGAAAAUUUAGAAUUUGGGAAGGUCCUGGGAUCGGGUGCUUUUGGGAAAGUGAUGAAUGCAACCGCCUAUGGAAUCAGUAAGACAGGGGUCUCAAUCCAGGUCGCAGUCAAAAUGCUGAAAGAAAAAGCAGACAGCUCGGAAAGAGAGGCUCUCAUGUCUGAACUCAAAAUGAUGACCCACCUGGGCAGCCACGAGAAUAUUGUGAAUCUGCUGGGGGCGUGCACCCUGUCAGGACCAAUUUACUUGAUUUUUGAAUAUUGUUGCUAUGGCGACCUUCUCAACUAUCUAAGAAGUAAAAGAGAAAAAUUUCAUAGGACGUGGACGGAGAUUUUCAAGGAACAUAAUUUCAGUUUUUAUCCCACUUUCCAAUCACCCCCUAAUUCCAGUAUGCCUGGUUCAAGAGAAGUCCAAAUACACCCGGACUCAGAUCCUGUCUCGGGGUUCAAUGGGAAUUCAUUUCAAUCUGAAGAUGAAAUUGAAUACGAAAACCAAAAAAGGCUGGAGGAAGAAGAGGACUUGAAUGUACUUACCUUUGAAGAUCUUCUUUGCUUUGCAUAUCAAGUGGCCAAAGGAAUGGAAUUUCUGGAAUUUAAGUCGUGUGUUCACAGAGACCUGGCAGCCAGGAAUGUCCUUGUGACCCACGGGAAGGUGGUGAAGAUCGGUGAUUUUGGACUGGCUCGGGACAUCAUGAGCGAUUCCAACUACGUGAUCAGAGGCAAUGCCCGUCUGCCUGUGAAGUGGAUGGCUCCUGAAAGCUUGUUUGAGGGAAUCUACACAAUUAAGAGCGAUGUCUGGUCAUACGGAAUAUUACUCUGGGAAAUAUUCUCGCUUGGUGUCAAUCCUUACCCCGGGAUUCCAGCUGAUGCUAACUUCUACAAACUCAUCCAGAGUGGAUUUAAAAUGGAUCAGCCAUUCUAUGCCACGGAAGAAAUAUACUUCAUAAUGCAAUCCUGCUGGGCUUUUGACUCAAGGAAACGGCCAUCCUUUCCUAACCUGACUUCAUUUUUAGGAUGUCAGCUGGCAGAUGCGGAAGAAGCGAUGUAUCAGAACAUGGAUGGCCAUGUUUCGGAACGUCCUUCUGUUUACCAAAACAGGCGACCUUUCAGCAGAGAGGUGGACUCAGGGCUACCCUCUCCACGGGCUCACAUUGACGAUUCCUAGAGAAACAAUUUAGUCUUUAAGGACAUCAUCCCCCCCGCCUACCUUAAACAGGCUGUAGAUUACCAAAACAAGAUUAAUUUCAUCACUAAAUGAAAAUAUAUUCUCAACUGCUGCUUUGCUGGACUUUUCUCUAGAAGCGCUCUGUAUUUACUCUUGUUUCCAAAGGGACUUUUGUAAAAUCCAGUCAUUCUUUGCACAAGGCAAGAAGAGCUGAUAAUUAACUUUAUCGGAGCAUCUACCUACAUCCACAGGCCUUCCCAGUCUGGCUUGAGUGAAAAUUGUGUACCUGAAGUAUAGUAUAUUCUUGUAAAUACAGAAGACAAAAGCAUUUUGCUAAGGAGAAGCUAAUAUGAUUUUUUAAAUCUAUGUUUUAAAAUAAUAUGUAACUUUUUCAGCUAUUUAGUGAUAUAUUUUAUGAAUGGAAAUAAAAUUUCUACUAUAGAAAUGUUCGUUAUGGAAUUGUUCCCAUGGUAGAUUUAGGGUGAGACUUAACUGGAGUCGUGAACCUACUGAAACCAUGUCAGAUGUUUUGUUUGUGCCUGUGUGUAUUCCUCCUAUGGUGAUGGCUAAUUCCUCUGUCAUAUUUUUGAAAGGCUCCAUGACUCCUGCCCCCAGACUGUGUGAAGAACAGCCGAUGUUCAUGAGCUUUACAAAAAAAAGGUGUCAUACACUGUGUAGACUUCCAGAGCCUACUUUCAUUAAAAAAAAAAAAAAAAAACAACCAACCAACAUUAUACUAAGAUUCACUCAUGAUAUUACACGGAGCUGUGAAUAUACAAUUACUACUAUUUAUUCAUUUUCACAUGAUAU